AUCAAGGACAGGAUGAAAGACAAUUUUUCAUUUGGGUUCUUCAAGUGAUGUGCCUUAAAUGAAGCUCUGAACGGUCAUCACGUACGUCCUUUACACCAACACAAAAGCAUGGGAUCAUCAACCUUUGGGAAGGUAUGGAAGGUAUGCUCUCUAAUAUCCUUCUUGUUGUUCGUUUCACCGCAUGUUGCUUGUAUUGAAGAAGCUGAUGCUCUUCUCACAUGGAAAGCAAGCCUCCAAAAAGAAUCCCAGUCUCAGCUAUCUUCAUGGACUUUGCUUCCCAAUAAUGCCACCAAUCUCAAUUCAAGCACAAACCCAUCAUGUUCUUGGUUUGGUAUUUAUUGCAACCAUGCUGAAAGUGUCAUCGGUAUGAAUCUUACAUAUUUAGGCAUAAAAGGUUCACUCCAUGAAUUUUCAUUCUCGUCUUUCCCAAAUCUCGAAUCUGUCGAUCUCAGUAUGAACUCACUCUUUGGACCCAUCCCACCUCAGAUCAGUUACCUCUCCAAACUCAUCUAUCUUGAUCUCUCCAUCAAUCAGUUCUCAGGAAAAAUCCCACCAGAAAUAGGCUUGCUAACAAACCUUGAGGUCUUGCGCUUGUUUAAAAAUCAGUUGAACGCCACAAUUCCUCCAGAAAUAGGUCAGUUGAGGUCUCUUGAUGAGCUUGCUUUGUACAGCAACUCCCUAAACGGUCCCAUUCCUCCUUCUUUAGGCAAUCUAAGCAAUUUGGCUUACUUGCACAUCUAUGACAAUCCACUAUCUUCUUCCAUUCCUUUAGAAAUUGGAAAUCUUUCCAACUUGGUUGAACUUUGCAUGUAUUCCAGCAGUUUAACUGGUCACAUCCCUUUUACUCUUGGAAACUUGAGUAGGUUAAUGGUGUUGGAUUUGUCUCGGAACAAACUUUCCGGUCCCAUCCCAACAGAAAUAGGGCAUAUCAAAUCUUUGAAGACUCUAAGCCUUGCAACAAACAAUCUUGUUGGUUCUAUCCGAACAUCAUUAUGUGACCUUGGAAACCUUACACUCCUCCAUAUCUUCCGGAAUAACCUUUCUGGUCCCAUUCCAGAAGAAAUAGGAAACUUGAAGUCUCUUGUGAAUCUCGACUUGAGAGAAAAUAAACUCAGUGGUCCUCUUCCAUCUUCAAUUGGUAACUUGAGCAAUUUAGAGGUUUUGUACAUUCGCGACAACCAACUCUCUGGUUCGAUUCCUCGGGAGGUAGAAAAUCUCAUGAAAUUGACUGUAUUUCGAGUGGCCCGAAACCGAUUCACCGGUCAUUUGCCACAAAAUAUUUGUCAAGGUGGAUUGCUUCAAAACUUUACCGCAAAUAGUAAUAAUUUCACAGGCCCGAUUCCUAAAAGCGUGAGAAACUGCACAAGCUUAUUUAGAAUUCGUUUGGACGGAAACCAACUGAUUGGAAAUAUAUCCGAAGUUUUUGGGGUUUAUCCUGACUUGGAUUACAUAAACCUUAGCAACAACAAAUUCUAUGGUGAACUUUCACCUAACUGGGGAAGGAGCUCAAAGCUAACAAAUCUAGAAGUUGUGGGGAAUCAUAUCACUGGUAGCAUACCACCUGAGAUUGGAAACGCAACUCGACUACAUGUUCUUGAUCUUUCUUCAAAUAACUUAGUUGGGGAGAUUCCUAAGGAAUUUGGGAGGUUGACUUCUUUGGGAAAGCUUAUAUUGAGUAACAAUCAACUUUCAGGUGGUAUACCUUUAGAACUUGGCACCCUGACAAAGCUUGAUUAUCUUGACCUGUCUAUAAACAGACUGAGCAGCUCAGUUCCAGAAUGUAUAGGGAACUUCUCAAAUUUGCACUACAUGAAUUUGAGUCGCAACGAGUUCAGUCGUGGAAUUCCAACUCAAGUGGCCAAGUUAGUUCAGCUGUCCGAGCUUGAUCUGAGUCAUAACCAACUCACGGGAGAGAUACCAACGGAGUUCGGGAACUUGCAAAGCUUGGUGACAGUAAAUAUCUCCCACAACAACCUUUCCGGCAUUCUUCCGAGCGCUUUUGAGGGCAUGCACGGCUUGUUGUAUGUCAACAUAGCAUUCAAUGAAUUUUGGGGUCAAAUUCCAAGCAACAAAGCAUUUCAAGAUGCUCCGAUAGAAGCAUUGGAGGGGAACAAAGGAUUGUGUGGCAAGGUAAAAGGACUGCAACCUUGCCAACCAUCCAAUCCGGCCAAACCCUUCCCGCAAAGGGGCCACAAGAUCGUGCUCAUAAUCACAUUCCCUAUUUUGGUAGUACUAGUACUUUUAUUUGCAGUGAUGGGAAUAUCAAGUUUUGUAAGAAAAAAGAGAAGCUCAUUGAACAAACAAGACGAGAACUUGUAUACGGCAUUAACCUUCGAUGGGAAAAAGAUGUACGAAGAAAUCAUAGUAGCCACUCAGAAUUUUGAUGCCAUGUAUUGCAUUGGGAGUGGUGGAUUUGGAAGCGUCUAUAAAGCACAGCUGCCAUCGGGUAAUAUUGUAGCUGCAAAGAAAAUCCACACCUUAUGUGAUGGUGAUUAUGUGACUGAUCGGAAAGAGUUUCUCAAUGAGAUAAUGGCAUUAACACAAAUACGGCACCGAAACAUUGUGAAGCUACAUGGUUUUUGUUCAAAUGCACGGCGCUCGUUUUUGAUUUACGAGUACCUUGAGAAUGGCAGCCUGGCCGAAAUCCUAAGCAAAGAAAAAGUAGCUAAAGAAUUGAACUGGAGUAGAAGGGUGAAUAUUGUCAAAGAUGUGGCGCAUGCUUUGUCAUACAUGCAUCAUGAUUGCUUACCGCCCAUUGUUCACAGAGACAUAUCAAGCAAGAAUAUUUUGCUGGAUUCUGAUUAUGUAGCUCAUGUUUCGGACUUCGGCACUGCUAAGCUUCUGAAGCUAGACUCAUCCAAUUGGACUGGCUUUGCAGGCACAUUUGGAUAUGUAGCACCAGAGCUUGCUUACACAAUGAAGGUGACUGAGAAAUGUGACGUGUAUAGCUUUGGAGUGUUAGCACUUGAAGUAAUCAAAGGAAAUCAUCUUGGCGAAUUCGUCUCUACUGCAUCGUCUCCCUCUGCUAACAUACAGCUGAAUGACAUAUUGGACCAACGCCUUUCACCUCCCACAGUUCAAGUUGAGGAUGAAUUGAAAAAGAUUGUAAAUUGUGCAACUGCUUGCUUACGUGCAAAUCCACAGUCUAGGCCAACCAUGCACAUGAUCUCUCAGACGUUAUCAGCAAGCUCCACUCUGCAGAUUCUUAGUACAGUUACACCUGGAGAACUUCAAAGGGUCUAAAUCAUAAGGCCAGCUAGCUACCUGGAGAACUCAGAUCACAAAACUGCCUCUAUAGAUCAUUCUUUUUUUUCUUUUAUAUUGAAAAAUAGAACUAGUUGUUGAUUUUAGGCUUUUAGGCCUGACCUGCAUAUGCCUGGUUCUAAAUGUAAUGGUUGACCUGCCACAUAGUCCAUAACCUAUUUGCUUUGGGCCUCACCAAUAGCUUAUUCGGGUUUGACCCCUUUGUAAGAUGAGUGAUCAUGUCAUAUUUUUAAGCGAGAA